UCUUUUUUAGAUCUAUUUUUUGGGUUCUGCCACUGCUCCUUGUUCUGUCUCCAGUGAAUUCAUCUAGUUGUGCAAUGGGAAAUACAACAACUGAAAUCCGUGUGAAGUAUGAGAAUAUAUUAAGCCAUGACAUCAAUGAGCUGGUACAUAUGUCUGCAGAGUUUCGUGACAGGUGCUGCAAGAAUAAAAAACAAGAAAAUAGCAAAGUGUUUUUCUGCAACGAUACCCAGGAAAUAGAAUCACUACAGAGUAUGGCAUGCAACAUGCUCAGAUUCUUUCAUAAGCAAAAAAUCAACAAAGACUUUAGAUGGAAAGCAGCAUUAGUCUCAUGUGGGACAUUACAGGUUCUACAGUGCAAAUGUGAAAGACACAAAAAAGAAAAGGUUUGCAUGCAGGUAAAUACACAUAAUAAAGAAGAUACAGAAACAGGUGAACAGUCCAAAAAGAAAUGUAACCAAGAAUUUUGUGAACUGAAAGCAAAUAUAUCUAGCCUUCGAUCCUGCUGGAAUAAAUUUGAAAAAAUAAUUUCCAGGUGA